UGUUCAGCCCUCCGGACUCCUUCUUCCUCCUCCUCCUCCUCCUCCUCCCGUGGCUUUCUGCCUGCUGAUGCUUACUGGAGGUGAAGCUGCGUUUCUCUUGCUUUCAUCCCGGUAAAUUCAUCCCGGAUCGACCUCAGUUUUUCCUCCUUUUUUAAAAUUUUUAUUUGCAUUUUUGACCUGCCAUCUCUGAUGACAGCUCAGGUGAUCAGUUGGUUACCAGACAAACCCUGAGUGAGACGGAGCGAUUCAGACCCAGAAGAGUCCACGGGAACACGGAGAGGGAAGCUGCAACUUCUCGGGAUCGUGUCCGCCGCUCGGAACUCAGAUUCUAUCGGAACCGGAGCGCCGUCUUCAUUUCAUCCAGACAUGGAUUUCCUGGACCUGCGGUUCUUCAACAGCUCCUUUUUCAACGAUAAUUUCACCGAUGACUUCAACAAGACAGAGACAGACGCCCUGCUGCCAGCGGGCUUCAGGGUCACCAUCGUGGUGGUCUACAUGAUUGUCUGCGUCUUCGGCCUGGUGGGGAAUUUCCUGGUCAUGUACGUCAUCAUCAGAUACACAAAGAUGAAAACAGCCACUAACAUCUACAUCUUUAACCUGGCCCUGGCCGACUCCCUGGCCCUGGCCACUCUGCCGUUUCAGGGCACCGAUGUUUUCCUGGGCUUUUGGCCUUUUGGAAACGCUCUCUGUAAGACUGUGGUGUCUUUCGACUACUACAACAUGUUCAUCAGCACCUUCACUCUGACGGUGAUGAGUAUGGACAGGUAUGUGGCCGUCUGCCACCCCGUCAAGGCGCUGGACAUGAGGACACCCCACAAGGCCAAGGUGGUGAAUGUCUGCGUGUGGGUGUUGGCCUCUGCCGUUGGUGUCCCAGUAAUGGUGAUGGGAAAUGUGGAGGUGGUGGGGGAGGACAACAGUACUGAGUGCAUUUUGGUUUUCAAUGAACCAAAGGAUCAGUGGGAACCUAUUUUUGGCACCUGCGUCUUCCUCUUCUCCUUCCUCAUCCCCAUGGCCAUCAUCAGCAUCUGCUACAGUCUGAUGGUAAAACGCCUUCGAAAUGUUCGCAUCCUGUCCGGCUCCAAGGAAAAGGAUCGCAACCUGCGGCGCAUCACCAGGAUGGUCCUGGUGGUGGUGGCGGCGUUUGUCGUCUGCUGGACGCCCAUCCACAUCUUGGUCCUGGCUCAGUCCCUGGGCUUCAUUCUGAGGAGCAUGUACGCCGUGGUCAUGUUUCAUUUCUGCAUCGCUCUGGGCUACAUCAACAGUGGUCUGAAUCCCGUGCUCUACGCUUUUCUGGACGAAAACUUCAAGCGCUGCUUCCGUGAGUUCUGUCAGCCGUCUCCGUUCCGCCUUGACACCCAGCAGUCAGGCAGAAUGAGGAGCAUCGCCAGGGAGGUGGCAGCGGCCUACAGCUACAAGGGCGGGGACGGCGGGAGGCCCGGUGCGGGAACGGCGAAUCCAGCAUGACUAGGCGUGGAGCUUCCUUUGGUGGGGGUCGUCCCCACGCAGAGGGGAGAGACUCAUGGGACAGGGAACUCCAACACAGAGCUAACUCAGAUCACGGCUCUCUAGCGGCACGAGCCCUCCCGCCCCCCAACUCGCAGACUGGCAUGGGGCGGGGGGGAGGGGGACGAGGAAGAUGAGUUUGAAAGGAAAAGAAUUUAGGAAAGGUGUUACGAACACAACAUCUACAGGCUCAGAGAGCCUAAAAAUACCAACUGCUUCGAUGGGACAACUGCUGGAUGUUGUUGGUUUGAGGUGCUUGAGAUGGACGGAGCUCAGCUGUUGCCCAAACUGAGCAAAGUUACACCUGGUGGUGCAUUUUAAACAAACCUUAAGACGUUCUGCUUAAGGAGUCAACUUUGAUCACAAAACCAGUGUCAGUAUCUUAAGGUUUUGGUUCUUAGCUCAAACCUUCAUGGGCACACACUAAAGGAGUCUGCUGCUCCUCCACAUAACUGCCAAACCUUCUGGUUAUAAACUCACAUUUUGAGAAAGCAUUUGAACAGCAGCAUUGGUAGCAGCUACGGACACCAAAUCUGUGAAACUAUCCAAGCACUGCUUUGGUUAUAGAGGAAAGUAAAACAGCAGCGGUUGAUGUGCAGAUCGGCUCUCUAGCAGUGAGAACCACAAACUGAAGGCUGCUAAAGAAAACUCUGGUCAAAAUGUGAAACGGAGUAUUCAUCACUACUGUGUGCUACAGCCUUCCAAGUUCAUGUUUGGUCUGAAGUACUUUCCAUCGUUAGUGUUGGAUGAAAGGCCUGCAGUGCUCUGCUGUCGUCAGCAGAAGGCCGUUGCUGUUAAGGUCUUACUAAGAGAGGUUUACGUUUUGUUAGGGCGUCCUGAGCUUUUAUCACACAGAUUUAUGACAUUGGAGUAAAUUAGAGGUUGGAUUAUAAAUGUGUUUUCCAAUGAAUUGGGUUAAUAUUAGAACAAAGUGAGGCUACUUAUUCUUGAACUGUUAGGUCACAUGAUUGCCAUUAGUCUUAUAAACCAAAUCUUUCAAGGUAUUUAGAAAAACAAAAGCCUUAGGAAUGUUGUUGUUUACCAAGUUUGAGAGUUUCUUUCAUUUUAUGACACAGCAGAGAAUAUAAAGUGCUUUGGGUGAAGGUUGGGUGGCCAGGUGUUGAUCUUACUGUGGACCUGCAUAGCUUUUAGAAAACUGAAGUUCUAAGGUUUACCUUGUGCCAUAUAGCAAUUGAUUUGGAACUGAUCCAUUGAAGUGGACAAAAUUUAGAGAAACAGCAACAAUCUGAAAAUUUGAUUUGCUAACCAUCCCAAAAACGUCCAACCAGUUGAUCCCCAAAUGACCCUGAAAACAUUUCAGCCAGAAAGAUAAAAAUGAGAUAGACUCUACGGCUGCAAUUUGGAAAAAAUUUCACAGUGUAUUAUUUUGUGUUUUCAAUGUUGAAGACAUAAAUUUUGAUAUCAAACAUUGCAAACAUUACCUGCUAUACUUCAGUCCAUGGAGACUGAUGUGGCCCUGGUCACCCUGAGGCAGAAAAUAAUCAACUAAAAGCAAAGACUGAGACUCAACUACAGAUUUGGGGUUGGAGCAAGGUUAUAAAUAGUUUUAUAUAUUUAUGUUAUUAUCCUCUAUGAAUCAGAAUAACUGACUGAGAUGAUUUUGCUGGGUCAAAUCUGAAUGGACUCAGAUUAUUACAGUGUCACAGGCAUGUGCUUUGCAAAUUAGAGCUGCAAUUGUGCAACAAACAAAUUAUAUUGUAUUCUGUUACCUGGAUUAAAAACAUGCUAUUUUUGUGGGGGAUUUUAUUUGACUAACCUGUUUUGUAAAUUAGAUGUAACAUUGGCUUCAGAAACAUGGCGACUUAUUUGGCAUCGGCAUAAAAUAGGAAUGGUCAGAAUCUACAAGCCAAAACCUUUAAGAAAAUUGUUUAUAUUAGUUUUUAAGAAAAUCCAGAAAUUUACAGCACAAGGAUUUUUUUUAUUAUGUUCAUCUUCAACUUUAUGACUAGAUAAGACAAAAAGAUUUUUUAAAAAGUUACACAAAGAGGAUGCUGGAAAAGCUUGGAUAAAGGAAUGUGUGGGAAUACAAAGGCUCAGGAAAUCCUGUUUCAACACCACUAGCAGGUUUAGAUCUCGUCCAGAUUCGCUCUGUGGCUGACGUGAGGCCGAGGCGUUUUAGACACACCAGGCCCACACAUGACACAGAAAAUACAAUCACAGAUUUAUUGAAACUAAUCAGUUCUGAUGAUCUAAGUUGCUUUAUUUUAUUUAUUUUUAAUUUUUUGAAGUGUAAAGCUGCUCAGGUCUGGGGUCGGGUUCUCGGAGUGUUUAAUGUGAACCCCAAUGCUGGAGUAGCAUUGACCCCAGGCAUCAUGAAGGGGUUGCAGGGUUCUGACCCCAUAUCAAGGGACAAAGGGGCUCUCUCUCUUUAUCUAUCUCUAUCUAUCUUCUUGGUGUAAUAAAGUGGAAAUCAGCCCUGAAACAUUGAUUUUAGAAGAUAUUCUCAUAAUUUUUGAUAGUUGCAGAAUGUUGUGACUGGAUGUUACUUUCUUAACUUAUAUUUUUGGGAACGUGUGACAUCACUCAUCUAUGACAACAGGGAAGAGUCACAGCAGACCCGGGACAGAUCAGAAGCUGCAUUUCCAUUAAUCAUGAAAUUGCACAAAUUGAAGUUAUAAAAAUAAAUUUGCUUCUUACAUGGAAACACACCAAUUUAGCAAAAACCCAUUUUUUUCGAUAAAAAGCUUUGGCGCUAGGAUGAAAACAGAUUUAUUUUGCAAAACAUCACAUGAGCCACGUGAUCAAAGUUGUGUGUCAUUCGAACGUGUUGAAAACAUAGAUCUGUAAAAUCGAUUGCAAUUUUCCCAAAACACUGCAUAUGUAGCCACCAGGAAGUAAUUUGUCGCUCCAUUUCCUGAAUAAGAUGCAGACAUCUCCUCUGAUUGGCUGAUGAUGAUGAUGAGCAUUAGCAUCAUGACUGAAUUCUGAAAAUAUUUACUGUUUACAUCUGUCACUGCCAUGACUUUUAAUGACUUAUCGUGUGAAUAAGCUUAUUCACAUUUGAUCUUAAUCUCAUUUCUUAUUUAAUAGAAACACAGCAAUUGUGAAUUUGUGUUUUUUUAACAUAAUAGACAAAGAUUUGCGCUCAUCUGUAAUGGAAACGCAGCUACUAUUGCAGGGAAACACAGAGACAAAACAGCCAUGCACACCAGACCAUAAGUAAGAGUUGAAUGCUUACAUGCAUCUUCAUUUGGGAAUGAUCUGCUGUUUGCAUGGAAAAGCCACACAGAGAACAUGCAGACUCUGCACAGAAAAGGCCAUUCUGAGACUGGAACUAGCGACUCGCUUGCUAAAGGCCGGAGCCACCAUGCUGUCUGAAUAACAAGCUUAAUGUGAACAUUGCUUUUGUUCCUGUGUUGCCUUUCCUCUUUUAAAAUAAAUUUAGCUUAACUUUCCUACAGAGUUUUAAGAGAUACACUCUUAAUUUGUGAGAAACUGCCUGUGGGUUAUUGCUGGAUCUGUAUUUGUAGUUUUGUUUAUUUGCACCCCUUUGUUGCUCUGUGUUUGAGGAUUUACCCAAGCAGAUGGAUGAAGACUGUUUCCUAAUUUUCAUCCUUUCUUUUACUGCAGUUUUACUGAAGUGGUUAAUGGUAGCUGUGGACUGUCCGAGCUUUAACAUGCUACAUGUGCUUUGUACGUCUUAGGGCUGGUAUCCCCUUUAAAAUCUUUGUCACUUCAUGUAAUUUCUGUAAGAGUGAAUUUCUGCAAGAUGUCUUUUUUUCUUCCAUUUUCCUUGACUGGCCUGUUGUCAUUAGAAUCAGAGGACUGCAAGCUGAGCUAUUUUCCUGUUGCACACAGUGAGAUUAUGGUUUGCGAGUAAUUCGGCUGUUUGUUAAAAAAAAAAUGUUCUGCUCUUUGCUGCAGACGAUUACCUUUUAUUUGAUUCCAUAAACGUACAUUGCCUUAAAUAUCAAGUGAGGUCUGUUAUUGAAGCUUGCUCUUUGGCUGGAUACAAUUUGUUCUAGUAUUUAAUGGUGCUUUGCAGCUACUUUAUAGCGGUCCUGACCCGUAUUCAUAAACCCUCAGAGAAUAGCAGGAGACUGGCCCAAAAAGAAAGACUUCGGCUUUGCUAAAAUCGAAUCUAAAGCACAUCCCAAUUUUAUUAACUAAAAACUUUAUCCUCAUACAGGAAAACUGCAGAGUCGCCAUGUCAUUGCCCUUUGUGGGUCACAGACAGUAAAAUCAGCCUUUCUGUUGAAUGAUCAUUUAAGUUAUUAAUGUGAAGAUCAAUAAAACUUGAUUUUUACGUAAGAACGUUAGACACGCUCUAUGGCUCCUGAUAUUUACAUUUGUUAAACAUUUUCUUGUUCUGCCUCCAGUUUUAUUCUACUUAACAUUGAUUGUUUACAGUGAAUAUUUUAAAUGCAGAAAGUUUUUGUUUUGUAAAUCAUAUUUGCUUUUAAAUCAUCAGGCCUGAAGAAACACUUCAGACUUUUCCUCUGAAUUGGGGUUCUACAAAGAGGUGAGGAGCAGGCAAUAUCCUACCCACAGUAGAUCGCUCUGUUAAGUUAGCUGUAAGUAAAAUGUAUUAAUAAAAAGGACCAGUUGCUGUAAAACAUUAAAAUACAACAAAAGAGAAACAAAAUACAUACUGAAAAAUGCAUAACAAGAAAAUGUGAAUAUGAGUUUUCUUGCUAACCGUUAGUCAGCGUGCAGUCAAGAUGAAAAUUAGGAUUAACUUAAUCUGCAAAAUGUUUAGAUUACAAAAAAUACUGUACAAAAAAGUUCUUUGAUAAUAAACUAUUUUAUUAUUUAAAUAAAAAUUGUAUAUCAAAAUCAUUUUUAAUUUUCUCAAAGUGUGAAAUAUUUAUUGGCAAUAAAGCAACAAUUUCUGAUCAGCUUCUUCCAUAUUUCCAUUGAUAUUUUUUAAUGAUGGGUUUAUGGACACCUAAACUUUUCAGUAAAAAGUUAUUGUUUUAUGGCCACUGGCUAGUUAAAUAACUGGUAGAAAAUCACUAAAGUGUGUUUAGAAGUGUUAAAAGAGCUUCUCCUAUUGUAGAUUGUUUUCCUGCCUAUAAAAUUGUUAGUGUCUGCUUACAUUUGACUCAAAUUUACCAAAGCUGGAGCGUCCAUGAUGAUAAAGUCUGUCUGUUAUGAGAGUUUUAUGAAUACCGGUCAUCUUUUUUUACAACCUAGACGAUUUUUUAGGAAAACUAGUCGGAGUAUCAAGAGUCCCUCUUUAUGAAGACGUGUCGCAUCGCCGCUGUGAGGCUCUUUGUGCUUAACUGUAACUGUUAAAACUAAAGAAGCAAUGAUAUUUUCUAAAAUCGUUUGGUGUGACUUCUUUGUAGCAGGUCAGUCUGAGUCGGCGGAAAUCCUCGUUUCCUGGGGAAGUAAGCAUCACCUGUCUGCCUCUUGACUCUGUAUAGACAUUUGAAAAGAACAUUCUCAAUGUAAACGAACCAUGACCUCAUCAUCCGUAUAAUAUACAUGAUAUUUCGCUUGUUGUUCUCGCUGUAAAACUGUCAGCAUCUGUAAUGAUUCGACAUUGUUAGCUCUUUGCGUCAGAAAGCAGGGAACUCGCUUUCGUUUGUUUACAUCCUACAGACCACAUGAAUGUCAAAAGAAAUCUUGUUUAAAAUCUAUUUCUAAACAAAUGUUGGUGUUAUUAUAAUAAUGAGUACCAAAAAAGAGUAUUUCCUAAGUGUUUCUGUUGUGUUCUUUCUUAUGCUCAGAAAGUGUCUGGUAUCUAUCAGUGCGUUUCUUGUGGACUGCAUUCUGCUCAGUGCCUGAGUCGUGAAUUCCCAAAGAUUGGAGAGAAUGCCUCUCAAAAGUAUUCACACUGCCUGAAAUUUUACGGAUUUUGUUACGUUACAGUCACAAAUGUCUGGAUUUAAUUGUGAAGUUGAAGGAAUUAAUUUCUAAUGUUUGGACAAAUAAAAAUCAAGGACAAAAUUGCAGAUUAAAACUUUUGUAAUCAAGACUGAAUGUUAACGUUCUGUUAUUUGUUGCAUCUGAAUAUGUGCAGAAUAAAUCGGUCACGGCUUCUAUUUUUUCCGAAUCUCAUGACUCUGGCACUGAGCUACAUAAAUUUACUUGUUGCUGUUUUCUGCAUACAGCAGAAUGAACAACUGUGCUAGCUGGCUUGUUAAACAUGCAGUAAGAGUUUUUUGCUGAAGCUUGAAUUUAAAUUGUAUAUUUUUCUUCGCUUAUGAAAUGAAUAAAUAAGUAA